AUGGCGUUCUUAUUCAAAUCCAAGAAGAGCCAGCAGCAGAAUGCUAGCCUACCUCCAGCGACCCGGAAUAUCCACACCUCGGAAGGCGCACCGUCGAGUACAUCGUCCGGAUCAGUCAAUGGGUCGAGGGACCGAGAAGGAGGCCCUGUGCAGUCACCUACUCCCAGUGGUAGUGUGAAUAAUUCGUUGAGCUCGGUGGCUGGCGUCAACCCGCCAGAUGCGCAGCGGGUGCGGCCAAGAGCAGAGUCCGAGUCGCAGGUACCACGAGCUCAGCAAUCCAUGAAUGGGACCCCGUCUCCCAACAGCAGUCCCAAUGCUGCCUUGUAUCCUUGGUCACAACGGAGGUUGAACUUCUCGACGCCGCAAUCGAACCCUUUUCCGCGUUAUGGUGCGGCCGUCAACUCUGUCGCCUCGAAGGAAGGUGAUAUUUACAUGAUGGGCGGUCUAAUAGACGGAUCAACGGUUAAGGGAGACUUGUGGAUGGUAGAGAGCAGUGGCGGAAAUCUGUCUUGCUUUCCCAUCGCCACGGUCUCAGAAGGCCCUGGACCCAGGGUUGGCCAUGCUAGUCUUCUCGUGGGUAACGCUUUCAUCGUGUUUGGCGGAGAUACGAAGAUGAAUGAUAACGACACUCUGGAUGAUACAUUAUAUCUUCUGAAUACUUCUUCUCGACAAUGGUCGCGCGCUAUUCCUCCCGGCCCGCGGCCCUCUGGAAGAUAUGGACACACCCUCAAUAUUCUCGGUUCCAAAAUAUACAUCUUUGGUGGUCAGGUUGAGGGCUUCUUCUUCAACGAUCUCAUUGCCUUCGACCUAAAUGCUCUUCAGAAUCCUGCAAAUAAGUGGGAGUUUCUCAUCCGGAAUAGCCACGACGGAGGGCCUCCUCCUGGACAGAUACCUCCCGCGAGAACCAACCACACGAUCGUGAGCUUCAACGACAAGCUAUAUCUAUUUGGAGGCACAAAUGGCGUUCAAUGGUUCAAUGACGUUUGGUCGUAUGAUCCCCGUACCAAUCUAUGGACCCAGCUGGACUGCAUUGGGUUUAUACCUGCGCCCAGAGAGGGCCAUGCCGCAGCUCUCGUUAACGACGUUAUGUACGUGUUCGGCGGUCGCAGUGAUGAUGGUACGGAUCUUGGUGAUUUGGCAGCAUUCCGUAUUUCAACCAAAAGAUGGUACUCUUUCCAGAAUAUGGGGCCGGCUCCUUCUCCGCGAUCUGGACACAGCAUGACUACCUUUGGCAAACAGAUCAUCGUUAUGGCUGGUGAACCCAGCUCGGCUCCUCGAGAUCCAGCAGACCUUAGCAUGGCUUACGUGCUCGAUACCUCAAAGAUCCGUUACCCGACUGAUUCACAGAAUGGCGAAAGGGGACAAGGCAUGAGGAAGAUGAGCGGGGAAAAGCUUGUACAACAAUCCGGGCGAGCCUCUCGUGAGGCUCAAAAUACACCAGAUCAACAAAGGAGAGGGCCUCCAGGACGCGAAAGCGUUCUUGCUGCCGCUAGCGGCAGACCUUCUGAAUCUAGCCCAACUCCAGGAGCAGCAGGAUCUCGUCUACCACGGGCGUCGAUUGCACAGGCACCCCCCUCUGGGCCGCCGCCUCCUGGUCAAGCACCUACACCUGUACCUCGAGGAGCUCCAUAUGGACCAAAUGCUAGAAGCAAGACCCCAACAAAAACAGACCGCCCGUACGGCCCCGCCGUAGACAGGGUUCGGGCGAUGGAAAAAGACAGACAGUCACCAGUUAACAGGGACUCUCCCAGAGACGUCAGGUCGGUACAAGAGCAAAGCCCGAUAUCAGCUGGACGACGGACCCCGACCCAACAACCAUCUAAACUCUCCGCGAAAGCCAUGGAAGCUGGCGAAGCAGCACCCUUGGUGAGUGCACCGGCCCGGCAACGCUCUCUUCGACAAAGGCAGCGGAACUCGAUGGACAGUGUAGAUGAAGCUGUGCUUGGAAGGCAAGGAAGCAUAGACGGACCAAUUGAGUCACGAAGCCAUCGAAAUUCCAGAAGCCUCGGGGAUGAGCCACGUUCUCCUAGGCUUACUCCUCAUCAAGAAGCCCUAAUAAAGGAGCUCGAAGCGGCGAAGAGUCGAAAUGCAUGGUAUGCGUCAGAACUAGCGCUUGCUAGAAAGGCCGGUUACAGUCCAAAUCCCUCGGGCAGCCCUGCCCUGGACGAACGUGCGACGGAUGCAUUUGCAGAAGAAGACCGUCCUCUGAUCGAAGCAUUCCUCGCAAUGAGAGCUGAGCUUGCAAAGAUGCAAGCUACUGUUGAUCGUCAAGCAGCUAUUGCCUCGAAGCGAGUAGCAGAAGUGGAGCACCAGAGGGACGCCGCUAUCAACGAAGCAGCAUAUGCUCGUGCGAAACUCGCAGCUCACGGUGGAAGUCAACGGAGCACUCCGCAGCCUGACAGCUCGUCUCGCGAGCCUGAUGAAGCAGGCUCUGAGCGUGCAACGGAUAUUAGCCGACGGUUAGCUCUUGCACUUGCCUCUCAGUCUGAGCUUAAAGGUAAACUGGAAGCGAUGUCUGUUGAGCUACAGCAAGAGAAACGUGCUAGAGAGUUGGCCGAGGAUACAAAUGAGGCUUCCAGAAAGAGGCUAGCGGAGUUAGAAAUGCAAAAUACUGCCUUGGAGCUAGAAAGUUUACGAGCGGAGCUCCAUCAACUUCAGACUACAUCGAGGGAGGAAUCUCUGCGUCGCUUUGAGGCAGAGGCUGCAAUGAAGCAAUUAGCUAUCGACAAGGAAGAGCUAUCUCACAAGCUGGAUGAGGCCUCUGCGCGAUUGAAGGAUCACGGCGGCAGUCUUGGAUCUCUGCGAGAAGCAGUAGCUGCCUCAGCCACGAAAUCCGCAUUGUUAGAAAAGCAACUCGUGGAAGAACGUGACCACCGCGAAGGUCUAGAAAAGAAACUGUUGCAACUUCGGGCGGAAUAUGAAGAACAAACCGCGGAGCUUGAUAGGGCCACCCGUCGGUUGAAGGAUGCCGAAGAGCUUGCGGAAAGCCACGCCCGUGAAGCGGAAACCCAUAAAGUUGCGGUUUUGUCUGGUCUAGAGCGUGCUUCGUCAUUUGAUUCAGACAGUUCCAUGAGGUCGCUGGUUGAUCAGCGUGUUGUUGUUCUCCAGACUCAGGUCGAAAGAGCGAACCAACUUGCAAAGGCUAACCAAGCAGCUGCCGAUGCAGCAGCGGAGAAGCUUCGACGAGCGGAAGAGCGAAUUGCUGGACUGGAGGCGUAUCAAGAACAAGCUAGCAGGGAAGGCUUGCAGCUUCGAAGACAACUGCAGACAGCAAUGAAAGAGAGCCAGACCCUUGCUGCUGAAAACAGAGAUCUUAAGGCCCAAAUCGAGAACCACCAAAGAGACGCCAAUGCGCUUGCCAUUCAACACAGUGCCCUCAAGGAUCUCCUCAGCGAACGCGGGGUCAACAUGUCCGACAAUAGGCGAUCUCCAAGGAUGGAUUCUCCUGGAUCUCGCUUUGGAACUCCUGAGCAGAACCGUUUGCGUGAACUCGAACAACAACUUCAAGCUAGCCUUAAGGCCCACGAGGAAACAAAGAGCGAAUUCGAGUCCCGUGAACAAGAAGCAGACCGCGCAUACCGAGAGAAGUUGGAGCAGCUGGAAAACGAUUACCAGUCUGCAGUUCAUUACGUGAAAGGCACUGAGAAGAUGCUGAAGCGCAUGAAAGACGAACUUGCCAAGUACAAAGUGCAGACUGCCAAGCUCCAGUCCGACCUAGAGAGUGCCCAGAAGGAUUUAGAGCGCUCUCCCAGCGCAAGCGUUGCUGCACCGGCCGACUGGGAAGCUGAACGUACGAUGCUUCAGAAGUCUCUGUCGGGCCUUCAGGAGAACAUGACGUCCUCUGUGUCCAGGCUUGAGGCGCAGGUGGAAGCGCUUCAGACGGAGCUAACACACACUCGGACCGAGAAGAACCAGCUAUACUCUGAACAUCAGACCGCCAAACAGCAGCUUGUCGAAACUGUUGAGAGGUUCCAUGCUGAGCUAGAUCAACUGAAGAGAGAAAACUCUCUGCUUGAGGCACGUGCUAUGGAUGCUGAGCAGAAGGUUACCAUGCUCCUUGAUCAGGUGGAGACAUCUGUUGGCAACUACCGCCGUCAGUCUCAGCACGGCAACGGCCUGAACGGGCUUUCGCGAACGGUCAGCAAUGCCUCAACGGCGACAAUCGGCGCCGGGACCAGACCGAGAGCAGAUAGUGCUGUGUCCCGUGACGAUUCGGUCCUGGACAAUCGAGGCUCUAUGGCAUUGGACUCGCUUGCCAGCGAGCUCGACGCCCUCCGGAACCAUUGGGAAAGCACAAAUCGCAACUACCGGCUCAGUAAUCAGUAUGAUUUCGACCGAACACCAACAAAGGAAACCCACGAUGCUGGCAAUUUGACCGACAGUCUCGCCAACUGGAGGCGCAGAUUGGAAGAAGAGGAAGUCCGAGCAGGGGGCGCAGCGAACGCUGCUGCCGAGAGGAAGAAAGCGAUUAGUCCCGGCCGGUCUCCCGUCACUGAGACGAGUCCAGCCGACGCUUCGAACAUGAUAUAA